AUGAAAUCUAAAGGUAAAUCAAAUAAGAGUAAACAAUAAUAAGUUGACUUUUAUACUAAAAAGGAUAUACUUUAAAGAAUUAAAGUAACUGAAGAUAUUACAGAAAUACUUGAAUAUACUACUAAUUAAGAUAAUGAAAUUAGACUUGCUGCAACAUCUCAAUUAUGUCCAUGUAAAGUUUAAGAAGAUGUUCCUGAAUUUUGGGAUAGAGUUUUUGAAUUAGCAGAUGAUCUUGAUGCUAAAAUAAGAGCAAGAGUUUUACAUAUUAUUUGUGAUGGAUCACCUAAUAGAUUGUAAAAUGAAGUGAUGGAUGCUCUUUAUAAAUUUAAUAGAGAUUCUGAUUAGGAAAUAAGAAGAUAAGCACAUAAAGUAAUUGCAAAAGCAUAAAAAGGUACUUGGAAUGUUUUAUGA